AUGAGUAGUGGCACGAUCUAUACCCGAGUCUACUCCAAACGCAACGCGGCGCAACUUAUUUCUGCCAAAGGCCCGCAAGGCACUUUGUCUCACCCGCAACUGCUCCACGAGUUUCGAAACCAUGCUAAUAAGUGGAAUCAAGAAGCCACGGCCUUGGUGUCGGUCAGCAGGCGCAUCAUCGACACGGUGAACCGCGCCGUUCACAAACAUUUCAUAGACGAUGAGCCCCCGGAAGAUAUCUGGAUCGUAUUCAUCAAACCCAAGGUCACGGAGAAUGAGAGCCCUCCCCGGAUACACGCUGCAAGUGAUCUAGCGGAACAGUGUGGGCUAUCGGAACCUAACAAAUUCCUUUAUGAGAUGGUAUUUGAGUGGUCUAUACCAGACACAUUCGUGAUGCAUCAAGUCUCUUUGCAGACCCUCAUGAGCCGCGGGCUUCUGCGAGACUACCCUUUUGGAAAUGGCCUUUAUACAACUGCGGAAUUACGCUGCCUCAUUGCGGAGGACUUCCGACAGAGCGAUGCUGUGAACCUUGGCCUUUACCUAGGCUUCUUCGCGCAAAAGUUUGGGGCUAGAGCACCGAUCCGUUGGCUUCCCGAACAGCUAUUCAGAGAUUGCAUGCGGAUGACCGACGAGGUCGAUUUCGACUGUUGGAUCACACAGCACACAAUUGACGAAGUUUUGACUGAUUGGUGGCUUAUUCACUGUGACUUUAUAUCCGACUAUGAAGAAUUUGAGGAUUGGAAAGAGAUCAUGAAGGAUUGCAUCAAUGAGGGUGUGAUUGAGUUUGGCGAAGAGUGGGACGAUGCUGAGGAGGAUGACCUGGAGAUGAUUAUAGCCAGGGAUAAGCUAGAGGCUAGGAACCGCGGGAUCAAAGCACAGAUUGAGGAAUACGCAUUCUUCUCCAAGUUUGAGGGACUGAAAUUUCACUUCUCCCCUUUCCUACCCUUUGAACACCCCCUUCUCGCGGAUCUUGCGAAAAUGAAGCCUCCAAGAGAAGCCUCGGGGCGGACAGGACCGGAUGCUUCGGAACCUCGAGCACCCGGGCCGUCUCUGCGCUCCGCCGUGUUGCUAGCUACCACGGUUUUCUGCUCCGUCUGCCUCAUCUUUAUUGGGGGCAAGACGCUGCCGUUUCGAGGCCGACAUCCGCUAACCCAAGUCUUUGGCGAUGCGAAAGCUCAGCCGCCGGCACCGUCGGAGGACGACCUCUACCUCAUCGGAGCCGGAAAGGCAGAUAUUACGGGCCCCGUUGUGGAAAUCAACCUCAUGGGCUACGCUGACACCAAGCAAGUCGGGACUGGUCUUAGGCAGCGUCUAUACUCCCGCGCAUUUAUCAUCGGAAGUAUAAGUCGGCCCGAAGAUCGAUUCGUGUAUCUCGUUCUUGAUACACAGUCGGGCGACACCGCCGUGCGCUACGGUAUCCUCUCGGAGCUUUCCGCUCUCGGCCCUGAAUACGCUGUCUACGGACAACACAACGUCGCCGUGACCGCCACGCACUCGCACUCCGGGCCGGGCGCCUGGCUCAACUACCUCUUGCCCCAGAUCACGAGUAAGGGAUUCGACAAGCAGAGUUACAGGGCAAUCGUCGACGGGGCCCUCCUCUCGAUCCAGAGAGCCCACGAGAGCCUCGCUCCUGGCCGUCUAAGCUUGGGGCGCACCAAAGUCUAUGGUGCAAAUAUCAACCGGAGCUUAUACGCGUAUCUGGCGAACCCUGUAGAGGAGAGGCGCAGGUAUAAUGUUAGUGAUGAUGACGACGGGAGCGUUGAAAAAGACUUGACGAUGCUCAAGUUUCGUCGGGACUCGGAUGGCAAAGAUAUUGGCGUCCUAACCUGGUUCCCAACACAUGGGACCUCGCUGCUGGGGAACAACACUUUGAUCACUGGUGACAACAAGGGCGUCGCCGCCAGCUUAUUUGAGAAAGACGCCCGGUCCCUUGAUAGCGCUUCUGACGGCUUCAUCGCCGGAUUUUCGCAGGCUAGUGUCGGAGAUACAAGCCCGAAUGUGUUGGGAGCCUGGCAAUAUAAUGCGGCCAGGGACCUUUACAGCGUCAUGCAAUCGGACAGCGAGCCCAUCCAGGGUGACGUCGUCAAGUCUUCGCACGUAUUUCACAACAUGUCCUUUUUCAACUUCACGCUCUCCAACGGCAGGCAACUACAGAGCUGCCCUGCCGCACUCGGCUACUCCUUCGCGGCGGGGACCUCGGACGGACCCGGCGCGUUCGACUUUACGCAGCACCACUCCAACGAGACCAACACCUCGCCCGUGUGGAAGGUGAUUUCGCAUCUCCUCCGCGAUCCGACGGACGAACAGGAGAGCUGCCAAGGAGAUAAGCCGAUCCUUCUCGACGUGGGCGAGAUACACAAGCCUUACGAGUGGACACCCAACGUUGUCGAUGAUGCGGUGCAGAGCGAAGCGAAGGCGCUGUUUGAUUCGGAGUUAGGGUCGAGGGACCCCGUUGUUGUGCUGGGAGGACCGGCCAACAGCUAUGCCCAUUACAUCACUACUGAGGAGGAGUAUAGAGAUACGAAGGGGCCUCGACCCUCCCUUCCCCCGAACAACUCCAAUCGCUCGCUCAACUUCAUCAGUCCCGUCGUCUACGACGGAGCCCCGUUCCUAGGCUCCUUUGGCGACGUCUUGCGCGACGUCGAGGACGAGUAUCCGCUCGGCGCUCGCGUCAGCGCCACUUUUGCGGGCGCUAACCCGCGAAACAACCUGCGGCUCGAGGGCACAUUUGCCCUCGUCGAGCGGAAGACGGUGGGAGAUGGCGCCACGGCGGUCUGGGAACCCGUACGAGACGAUUCGGACUGGCACCUCGUGUACGCGUGGCGGAGGACAAAUGAGGUGCUGGGCCGCAGCGAAGUGGACCUUGUGUGGGAGACGGACGAGGACGGAGAGGCGAAGGCGGGCACGUAUAGGUUUCGCUAUUUUGGGGACGCCAAGGCCGUGGGGGAAGAUUACCGCGUUUGA